UCAUGUGACUUUGCGGUUGUCAUUGGAUUAAAAACUGCAGUUUCCAAGUUGGGUUAUUUCUUUUUUCCUUUUCAAUGGAAUGUACAAUAGCAGAUUGGAUUGUUCUUAUAGUUUGUUAGGAAUAUGCUGGCUUGUUCACCUGCUUUCCCUAAUUUUUUUUCUUUUGGGGUGUGGGGGAGGUGUCAGUUUUCUGAGAGGUUGAUUUGCAACUCUGCAGACAAUUCAAGUGGGGGCUUUGUCCCUUUGAUAGUUCUUAUAGUGAUUGGGGAGUGUGCUGGAAGACAACUACAUCCACUUCCAAGUAAAGUAGCUGGGAGACAUGUAAAGCCCCUACAAUCAAUUUGCCUGUAUAAUAUUGCUCAUCGAGGCUCAAAUGGGGAGUUUCCUGAAGAAACUGUUGCAGCAUACAAGAGAGCUAUUGAAGAGGGUGCAGAUUUCAUUGAAACAGAUAUCCUUGCCUCCAAAGAUGGCAUCCUAAUAUGCUUUCAUGAUGUAACACUUGAUAAUACUACUGAUGUUGCAAAUCAUAAGCAAUUUGCUAAUCGAAAAAGAUCAUAUGAGGUCCAAGGAAUAAACAUCACUGGAUGGUUUGUUGUUGAUUUCACACUAGAAGAACUGAAGCUAUUACGUGUGAAGCAACGCUAUGGUUUCCGGGAUCAACAAUAUAAUGGGAAAUUCCCAUUGAUUACGUUUGAAGAGUUCAUCUCACUUGCAUUGGAUGCAAAAAGAAUUGUUGGAAUCUAUCCAGAGAUAAAGAAUCCGGUUUUCAUCAAUCAGCAUGUGAAAUGGUCAGAGGGAAAAAAGUUUGAGGACAAAUUUGUGCAGACACUGAAGAAAUAUGGAUAUAAAGGGUCUUAUAUGUCAAAAGAAUGGCUGAGGCAACCGGUGUUUAUCCAGUCAUUUGCUCCUACUUCUCUCACAUAUAUUUCUAACCUCACAGACUUGCCAAAAGUUUUGUUGAUAGGUGAUCUAACAACAAGAACUGAGGACACUAACCAGUCAUUCUUGGAGAUUACUUCAGAUAGUUAUUUCAAUUUCAUCAAGAACUAUGUGGUUGGAAUUGGACCUUGGAAGGAGACAAUUGUACCCUCAAUCAAUAAUUACUUAAGUGAAGCUACUGAUCUUGUUGCCAGAGCUCAUGCUCAUGGCCUCCAGGUCCAUCCAUAUACCUUCCGAAAUGAAAACUCGUUCUUGCACUUCAACUUUAGCCAAGAUCCAUAUGAGGAGUACCAUUACUGGAUAAACAAAAUAAAAGUAGAUGGACUCUUCACAGACUUUGCAGGUAGCCUCCAUAAUUUCCAAGAAUGGACCUCUCACCAAAGAGAAGGUAGAGAAGGUGGCGCAUCGAAGCUACUUCAUAAGAUUGCAAAAAUGAUUUCCUCAUACAAAGCCAAUGAAAAACUUCAUUGACUGCCACACUUCCAUAUGUACAAGCUACCAAGUAGUUUCUUGCUGUAUCCAAUAUAGACAACAGAUUUGUGGAGGGAAAAACGAUUUCAGAUCUCCAUUUUCAUUAUCUUUGGAACCAUUGUCAUUGGUUUUCUUAGGAAAUACUGAACGAUAUUCUGGGAUCGAUGCUUCUUUAGUAAUAUCUAUAUGUCUAAACAAGCAGAGAUGAUCAGGGGCUAGCAGGCAGGGGCCAUUUGAAUUGCACUAAAUGAAGCAAUUGCCAUUUAAUUA